CUCCAAUCAAAUAAGUUGGGGUGAUAAAGAGAAAACUUUGACCAUUUUUUAUCAUUGCAACAUAAGUAUACUAAACACACAACUACCUUCACUUAUAUAAACAUCAACGAUAUUUCGCAGCUAAAUGGAAAAACAAAUUGAGUAAGAUGAUGGUCUGAACUACAUUAUUUUGGUGCCCUGUAAUCAAAUCAUCACGCUAUGGCGGCAAAUCGAAUCCGCCGUUCUCAGAAAGAUCACGACCUCAUUCCCCCAGAUUAUGACAGCUACUUUGAAAACCAAGGUUUUGAUGAUAGCAAAUUGCAUAGAGAUUACACUCCAAAUUGGAAUGGAAGAGACUUAGAUCUAAAUCACCCAACGGUCGACUAUGGCGAUGCCCCGGACAGUGGAAGGGGAACACGUGAAAAUAGUGAAGACUUUGUUACACCUUUGACUUCUACCAAACCUCCUAAUUUACCUCCAAGAACAAAGGAUGUCGCACCAGACUAUAGUCCUGAAAAGUUUACACGUCAAGUAUCUGCACUACAUAAAAAUGCAAGAUUUGACGAUGUUUAUGAGACCGAUCUGAAACCUGCUACAACUACAACUACAAACACUUACGAACCAUUGGAGGAUGUUGAAGAGACAAUUGUUGAACUGCCAGCUAUAACAAAACCAAAUCCCAAACCAGUCAGUAAUGGCGUUGGCUUCAAUAUUCCAUCCACAAGCGAUGUACCUUCAUUACAAACAGGCGUUCCUGAAAGUGCCAGUUUUGACUCAUUGGGAGGUCUUGAAGCUGAUUCAAACCAAAUUACAAGGGAAUCAAGAAAGGCUCUUUCUAAUCUCAAAUGGGAUCCUUUCCGAAUCGUGCCAGUCGAAGAGGUGGACGACGAAAACUCAUGUAUGGAAACUAUGAAAAAAGCCUUCAAAAUCUUCACAUACUUUCUUCUCUUCUUCUUGGUCUUGGGAAGUGCCAUAUUUAGUAAAUCAGCCCUUUUUCUAAUAGCUGCUAAUACGCGACUCGGGAUAUCACUCAACUGUUCUAAUACGACCCUAGAUAGAUGCGUCGUACUACCAGGGAACAAUCACGAAUCAGACUUCAUAGACUAUGAAAUAACAAGAGUUGUAGAGGAGAAUGUAACAGAGGGCGGUUCGACAGCACUGGAGAAUGUAACUAAAAUAGACCUAGUCCAAUAUGAUGGGGUAGUUGCCCAGUGCGACGUAAACACAGUGCGUUGGAUAUGGGGUCUUACCAUGGCAGUUUGUGUUCCAUACCUAUUUAUAUUCUUCCGAUCAUUCUGGAGGGUAAUAUUCAAAACCAAACAAAUGCCAAAAACCAGCACAUUUGUAAUAGUUACCAUAGCGGAGUCCCUUCAUUCAAUCGGCAUUGUAUUUUUGGUAUUUUACCUGUUCAGGUAUUUCGACACUCUUAGAGCAAUGGCCCUUCUCACCGGUGUCUACUUCCUUCCGAGCAUACUGGCCAUAUUCUAUAGACCCAAACGAGAGAUUGCAAGUCCUGUUCAGCGAUUAUUAAACGUCCUAGCAAUGAUCGUCCAAAUGUCAGCCCUAUUCAUGUGGCUUGUUUUGACCAUACAUAAACCAUUUAACGAACAGCCAGAUAGAAUAUGGCCAAUACCUUUAGCCCUGGUUUUGAUAUCGUUCGGAUGGUGGGAGAACUUUAUCAGUGUUAAGAGCACAAAGCUCGGAGAAUUUGGCAAAAUGUUGUCAAGAGUUAAGACGAAUGCGAGGAGGUCAAGGAGUAAGAUGUAUGCAGUAGUGAGCCUUUGGAAGAUCGCCUUAACGCUGGCUGGAAUGAUGGGUAUUGUCCACUAUGAUAUGUUCCAAAAUGGAAAUCUAACAUUCGAUCAGUGGUUUGUUUUCGGGAAUCACGGUAACAAUGCGACGUGUGGAGGGCUACGGGAUAGCGAAAGAGUGCGUAUUAAUGGUACAACCAAAGCAGCUGUCAGCGAUAUACCCAAUAUGAACUGGGUAUGGGCUGCAGUGUGGGGAGUACAGUUCGCCUCAUCAUUCCUUUGUUACUUCGGAGCAAAAACAGCGACUAAGCUACUCAUGCAAGAACUCUGCGUAGCGUUUCCUCUCCUACUCAGCACGCCAUUGACAGUUCUUCUCAUGGUUCUCGGCUGCGAUAGGUGGAAAAACGCCCCUGGAUUCCUGCAUGGUUUUAUUCCCAACCACGUAUUCUGGAACUGUUCCCCAAUGUCGUUCUCUGAGAUGAUAAAGGACAGGUUCAUUUGGUUGAUGCUGCUGUGGUGGCUCUCUCAGCUAUGGAUUACAAGACACAUGUGGUUCCCAAAGGCAGAGAGGCUGGCCAAAACUGAAAAGUUGUUUGUGUUGCCCAUGUUCUGUGGUGUGAUGAUAGAACAAUCACUAAUGAUGAACAGAAGGAUUGAUGAGAGUGUACCUACAGAAAACAAGCAACUUGACUUGAUCACGGUCAUGAAUGAUAUUGGAAUGGAACCCGACGAUGCAUCAGUCUCUGAGAUGGACAUUCAGAACAAGUAUGACUCAAUGCGAGUCAAAAAGGAAACAAUUCCAAUGCUUUACUUCUGUGCAACAAUGUGGCACGAGAACGAACAGGAGAUGAUUCACUUAUUGAAAUCUAUAUUCAGGAUGGACAUUGAUCAGAAUACGAGGAAGAACGCGCAGACAUAUUUGGACAUCACCGACCCAGAUUUCUACAGAUUUGAAGCCCAUAUAUUCUUCGACGACGCCUUCGAGUUCCACGUUGGGGACGGAGAGGAUUAUCAGGUCAACGAAUUUGUCAAAUUACUCGUUAAAACGAUAGAUGUCGCAGCAAGUGCUACCCACAAUGUGAAACUAAAGCUCCCACCCCCGUUCAGAUUCCCGACCCCUUACGGUGGUAAGCUAGAAUGGCGCAUGCCAGGAGGGAACAAGAUCAUUGCCCACUUAAAAGACAAAGUCAAGAUAAGGCACAAGAAAAGAUGGAGUCAGGUGAUGUACAUGUACAUGUUCCUUGGACACAAACUAUGGGCAGAGAUUGAUGGAACGAGAAAGAAGCAGUUAACAGCUGAGAACACAUUCGUUCUUGCUCUUGAUGGUGAUGUAGACUUCAAACCGUUGGCCGUCCUACUACUUGUUGAUUUGAUGAAACGAAACGAAAAUGUCGGAGCUGCAUGUGGCAGAAUUCAUCCCAUUGGGGGAGGUCCAAUGGUGUGGUAUCAGAGGUUUGAAUAUGCAGUAGGGCACUGGUUUCAGAAGUCAACGGAGCACAUCAUCGGGUGUGUGUUAUGUAGUCCUGGCUGUUUCAGCUUGUUCAGAGGGUCAGCUUUAAUGGACGACAACGUCAUGAAGAUGUAUACUACUGUUUCCACUGAGCCAACUAAUUACGUACAGUAUGAUCAGGGCGAGGACAGGUGGCUGUGUACAUUGCUUUUACAGCAAGGUUAUAGAGUAGAAUACUCUGCUGCUUCUGAUGCAUUUACCUUUGCCCCUGAGGGUUUCAAUGAAUUCUUCAACCAAAGAAGAAGAUGGACGCCAAGUACAAUGGCAAACAUCUUGGAUCUCAUCGGAUCGGCCACACGGACGACCAAGAACAACGAUACAAUCUCCUGGCCUUAUAUUGUGUACCAAGCCGCUCUGUUCGUGGCCUCUGUCCUUGGACCAUCUACUGUAUUUUUGGUUAUCAUUGGCGCUUUGGAGAAUUUAAUGCGACCAGCGUUUGAUUCUACUUCAACUGCUCCCUUAUGGAUCGCGUUUGUCCUCAACUUAAUAGCGAUUGGGACAUUUCUUAUUCUUGGUCUAAAGGCGAAAACAGACACACAGCUUCUGUAUGCAGGUAUUCUAUCCGCAAUCUACUCUCUGGUUAUGAUCCUCGUUAUGAUCAGUGUUGUAAUCAGCGUCAACGAGACUGGAAUAUGCAACACUAGCUCUAUAUUCUUGAUCACCGUAAUAUCGAUAUUUCUCAUCACUGGUAUGCUCCAUCCCCAGGAAUUCUGGUGUUUGAUUCAUGGACUUCUGUACUAUCUAGCUGUUCCGAGCACGUUCAUGUUAUUGAUGAUAUUCUCUUUGUGUAACAUGAAUAACGUAUCAUGGGGAACGAGAGAGGUAAAGAAAACGAAAACAGAACAGGCCGUAAUUGACGCCAAGAAAGAGGCGGCUGCAGGACCCAAAAGUAUAGUAACCGCCCCGCAAACUGUUAUCCAGAAUGGUAUCGACUGUUGUGGUUUGUUCAAGUGCAUGCCAGGCGGUCAACAGCCACCGCCACCAGUUCCCCAAACAGUAGUCGUAACUUCUAAUCCAGUGAUACCUUUGAGCGACAUAUCUGACACAAACGAUGACGAUGUCACGUCCGAACGAGAUAUACAACCAAGCCGCAUACACGCACGACGUGACGAUAUGAUCAAUCCCUCAUGGAUCGAGGACCCCGACCUUGGGGAUGGUAAACAGAUAGCUCUUCUGCAGAAAGACAUCACCUUUUUCCAGGAGCUCAUUGAGAAAUAUCUGAAACCGCUAGAAAACGAUAAAGUCCAUCAAGAAAAGGUUGCGAUGGGUUUAGUUGAACUUCGAAACAAAGUCGUAUUUGGUUUUACUAUAAUGAAUGCCAUUUACAUUACUGUGGUUUUCACAAUGCAGCUACAACGAGGAAGGAACUUGAGCAUUCCAGUUCCGUGUAAUGUGCCAGAUGCUUUGCGUGGUAAUGCUGGCACGAAAGAUAUCAUUAUAGAACCUAUUGCAUUUUUCUUCCUCUUAUUCUUCGGAGUGAUUUUGAUACUACAGUUCAUCGGUAUGCUGUUUCAUAGAUACGAAACAAUCAUGCACAUUAUGUCUACAACUGUCCUAGACUGGUGUGCUGCGUGUAUGCCUAUGGCAAAGAAGAAAGACAAAAAUAACAGAGAGACAAUUAAACAAGCAUUGCAAACUGCAAAAGAACUCGGUGCUCUGCAGCCAGAUGAUGACGCUAUUUCAGUUAUAUCUGGCGAACAAAGAAUGUCAGAUUUUGACAGCGAAGAUCCGUAUAAACGUACUAAGGGACAGGCACAGGCUGUUAAAAUUACUACAGAUGCUAAGAAACAAAAACACAUGAUGGGGACAUUGGAUGCAGCUUUCGCUAAGCGAUUUCUUCAGAUUAAAAGUCAACUUGACAGCGGUCAAGAGUUGAUGCCUGAUUAUGACAACGACGAUAAUCCUAUGUCACAUCAACAGAGGGCUAGACGAAGAAUGACCAAAGUAUUCUUUGAAAAUAAUAAAGAACACAUUUUUGAAAAGAAGAAGGUCUCUUCUGCUUAUAGACGAGCAAGUAUGUAUCCACGAUAAGUGAAACACGUCAAACUUUAUAAGCCUAUUCAUGGGAUCCCGAUGUAAAGGUGACAAUUCAUGUAUAUAAUGACUAGCGAAUAGUCUGAUUCAGAUUAAUUUGGUUUUGUAUAUAAUAGAUAUAUAAAGAGACAUUGCUUACCGUUAUUUCAGUGCCAUCAACUAUACAGUAUUAUUUAUUAGUGAUGAGAAAAUGAUAGUCCGAUGAGUCUGAAUACAUGUACAGUAUCUGUAAAAUAAGGAAGCAAUGAAUGUACAGGUGGGCAAAAACAUUUUAGAAAGCCUUGAAUUUUUAAUAUUUCCAAUGGGCAUUCGGUUAUAAUUAGCUCUUAAUUAACACAGUAUAAAAAAAAUACAGCAAAUCAAAAUCUACAGACGCUUUUUGCCCAACCCAGAGCAUUCUUGUUAUUUCCGUUUAUUCACUUUUCUCAUACGGUCAUGCCAUUACCUCACCAGCCUAGUCACCUUUUGUAAAAUUACGGUCGUUAGUAAUGUGGCUUCAAAAAUAGAACGUAUGGAGAUGCAAUCGAAAUGUUGGGAGUGAUAUUUUCAAAAAACAUGCCAUUGUUUUUCUUACAACAAUAAUGUUAUUAUCUGAAAACAAUUGAGACAGCUGAUCAAAUAUGCUCGAAUUAAGAAGCUAAACAAACCGAUUUAGAUAUCCAAAUUUCUUUUUGGAAGAAAAAAACAUUGAUCAAUGAGUGAAGAUAUACAAAACAUUAAACAUUCAAAGGUAAAUUAUUGACGACAAUGCAUAUUAAUUUUGUAAUGUCUCUACAAUGAUAUUCAAAUCGUAUUAGUUUGAUAUUAUAACACGAUUUCUGAUCAAAAUGCUAUUUUAAGAGCGAACAAGCAAAUACAAUGAACGAACAGUGUAAAUAGUGCAUGGCC